AAUGUCAGUAUAGGCUAAGUAGCUUACUGAAAAUCAGCUGUUUACACUAUUUUAAUUCACGUUGACUCUUCCCAUUAAAAAACCUUUCAUUAAAGUUUUUCUUAUAUACAAUCGUUGCUUCUUUGCAAACAUGAAUAAGCACGAAGAAACCGUGAGAUGUGCUAUACAGAUGUGUUUGAAAGUAAUAAAAAGCUAUGAAUGGUUGUCGGAUCUAUACGUUCUAGAUUUCUUCGUAGAUAACCAUUGGAGUAAGCUACCGCAAUGUUGGCAAAAUUGUUUCAAUGAUAUGGAUCCAAAAGACUUAGGAAACAUUCUAACAGGACAGCAAAGUAAACAUAUGUUGCCUCUAUCUUUUUUGGCACUUAAGAAAUCAAUUGAUGUUUUAAGUAUUCCUCGUUUAAGUUCAUAUAAAAGCAGCACAAAUAAGUCAGAUAGUGUAAAUCAUGAGUGGACUGAUAAUCCAAAAUUUAAAAAUCUAUUCCUGAAGCAUGUGAAGUUAAAAAAGAGACAUGAAAUUAGUGUAAUGUCAGAUUUUGUUAACAACACAGUGAAAAAGGCAGGUUGUAAUGCUGUUUUGGAUUUUGGAUCAGGCUUGGGACAUUUAAUAAGAAUCUUGAGCUACAAAAAUAACAUCCAAACUAUUGGAAUUGAAAUGCAAGCCAAAUUAACGGCAGAGGCUAGAAAACUUGAUUUAGAAUUGGAGUAUACAGUUAAAAAAUAUCUUACAGAAGAAACGAUGUCUAAACUCAUUAGGCCGAAUCACAUCAACCUAAUAUUGUCCUCAUUACAACAACUGGAAGAAAUACCUUUGGAUACUGAAAAGUAUGGCUUGAUUGGUUUACAUCCUUGUGGAGAUUUAGGUCCACUGUUGAUUAAACAUUUUGUAAAUUCUGAAGAUGUAAAAUUCAUUUGUAUUGUUGGUUGUUGUUUCAUGAAGUUGUCAUGCAAUAAAGAACCUUGUGGUUAUCCAAUGAGUCAAUAUCUUAAAGGCCUGAAUAAUGAUCUGUCCUACUUCAGUAGAGAAAUAGCUUGUCAUGCUAUCGAGACCUACUGCAAACGACUAUGUAAUGGCGACUAUAAUGAUUUAAAGGUGCAUGCAUAUAGAGCUGCAUUAGAGAAAAUUUUGCGACAAUUGGAUCCAAAAUUGAUGCACAUGCCGGUUAGAAAUGUCAAGCACACAAACAAUAUGACAUUUGAGGAAUAUUGCACUGCAGCAUUACAUAAGCUUUCAAUUGACCCAUUGAACAGUUCAGGCGUCGAGACGGAUUUACUGCAAUGGAAGAAAGUUGUAGUGCUCUACACUCUCAGACUCGCUAUAGCACCUCUAGUGGAGACUCUUAUACUACUCGACAGAGUUCUUUUCAUACUAGAACAUGGUAUAUCGUGCACAAUACAUCCUGUUUUCGAUCCGGAAAUAUCGCCACGAAAUCAUAUAAUUGUGGGAAUAAAAUGACUACGUAAAACAUUUAUAAUAUAUUAAUAAUAAAAAGAUAAUUAAAAAUGUCAAAUUAUUACUUUUAUUUAUAUAUUUAGUUUUAUAUAAUUCUCUUUAAAACAAAUGAAUCAUAACUUUUUCAAGAUUUAUUUUUGAUAAUUCGAUGGGAUCAAGCGUCUCGCUCAUUAUCAAGGUGUUUUUACUAA